AUGGACUGGUGGAAUGAGUUAUGGCUCAAUGAGGGCUUUGCAACUUGGGUCGGCUGGUAUGCCAUCGAUAAUUUCUUCCCUGAAUUCCAAGUAUGGUCUCAGUUCGUCACGGAGGCAGUGCAGACUGCCCAAAAUCUAGACGGCCUACGCUCGUCGCACGCCGUGGAAGUGCCAGUCAAAGAUGCUCUAGAAGUAGAGCAAAUAUUUGACGCCAUCAGUGUAUUUUCAUCCGCAGAUAUGAUCAAAAAAACAGACUGA